AUAUGAUAUAUAUUGUGAGAGCUUUAAUUGAAAUAUACAGAUAACUAUUUACUGUACAUUAACAUACAGCUUUAAUAGAGAAGCUUGAAACUCGUGAGCUUGAUAUUUCCGCCUGUAAUCAUUAACGGCAUAUAUUUACCUUGGUUACAACAUAAAAGUAAUUGCACUUCUAGCCACCUACGCAAUCCUAGUAACUAUAAUAAUCGUCUCGGUUGACAUCCGCCUGCCAUCAUGACGAGAUAGACCAGUGAAUAGUUAAUUUAACUAUCAGAAUGUCCGCACUAUUACCCCUCUGCCGUCCCCCGCCCCCCUCUGCCCCCGUUUCCGUGCCUUUGUCUGUCGCAUCUCUGUCGCCAUGCUCCCAGCAGCUGAUGAGUCUGUCCUGCCGCCUCGUGCCAGCCGCUGGUCUGCUGACCGCUGGCUCGUGCUGCUGCUAGAAGCUUUGGCUCAAGAGCAAUCGCAUGUGAUAAAUGGAGCUGGCUACCGCCAUGCCGACCGUUGCGACCUCGUGAACGAGGAAGAUCGCAUGAAGGCGUGCGCUGAAUUGUUCAAACUACAGGUGGGGUACCAUCUAAGCAAGGAGACCUUCUUCUUGGCCCUAACCUACCUAGAUCGGUUCCUAUCUGUACGUCGAGUGUUAUCUAAGCACUUCCGCCUGGUUCUAUUCACCUGCUUUAUGCUUGCGGCUAAGAUGCAGGAGGAGAGCAACCGUCUGCCUAUGGCCUUGGAUUUGGCUAGAGCUUGUAGUCCCAACGUGAGAGUGUCUGACCUUAAACGUAUGGAACUCAAGAUUCUCAUCGGACUCAACUGGGAGAUGUCGUCGGCCUCAUCGCUGUCGUUCCUCUACAAGUACUUGGAAUUCCUGCGCAACACCAACGCGCUCUCCGAGACGGAGAUUGCGCUUGUCCUUGAUCUGGGCACCAAAGAGUUGUUCAAAUACUCGGCAUACACAGACAAGAGUGGGUCACAGGCGGCCUACAUCGCCCUUACAGUGGCGAUAGGCGCCUCAGACGAGCUGCGAGGAAGGGCCUCGCUUCUCGACCGCUUGAGUGAUCUGGACGUCAUGCUGGGUGAGCACACCUUGCCAGCCCGCCUGAGAGACCAGGGUACCGAACUGUCUGACCACCCUCACUGCAAGGGCAACAGCAGCAUCGACGAAGGGGUCUCUAGUGGGGCCUUUUGGCCCGAAGACGCUAUGCUACAGGAUCUGGAUAUGGCUGCUACAACGACCUACGAAGACUUAGUGGACUCGGACCUGGAUUUGGACGUCCAUGCCAACUCGGACAUGGAUUUCAAACUGGAAGCUAGUGCGUCACCUACACCGGCUUCGCGCACGUUGUCGUCGUUCUCCGCACCGCCCACUUUGAACUUCUGGAACCCAGCCACCACUAAGACCACGUGCAUGCGGCCGAAUGUUUGCAACACUAACGUGUGCACAGACGCGGGUGUAGGUAUGGGCAACGUAGGUUGCGGUAGUACCGGUACGGUUGCUGGUGGUUUAGGUAUUGUAGGUGGGGGUAACGGUACAGUUUCUGGAGGUAUAGCGAAGCCUGACCGUAAGCGCGUGAGCUACUUGGCUGCUGUCCUCGGGCGCUCCAAUAAGCGCGUGUCGUCUGGGGGAUCAGGCAGGAAGAUACGAAUGGUGACACACUGUACAACGCCCACGGCGUGUGUCUAGCCUGCAAUGUCGUGCUGUGAUGAUUGUUGCUUGUUACAAUCAGUGCAGCAUGUACAUGGAGGGAAGAAUGAAGAGAUGCUGGGUGAAAUGAGAGAGGGGGUCACCUCAGCCUGGAUAUAUAGGAAGGAAGAAGGAACGAUCACGCCCGCAGAGUGCAUGUGCUGAUCGGUACACACACAAUCAUGACAUCAAUAUGCUUCUAGGCGUACGUAAACACCAAUACUGCGCUAAAUAUUAAACACAGGCGUGCUGUCUGGUAUGGGUCUGGGCCCUGAUUCACUUGAUUGCUCUGGUACACACUUAAAGGGACACCGUGUUCGGAAUAGGCCCGGAGAUGGCCCCGACCAAUGCUAAGUGUAUGUGUAGUGAAUGCACGUCCGAGCCUGGUGGUAGGGCAUCUACUAUCUACAAGUAUGACGCAGCGUGCGGGUACCGGGUGUCUUUACGUACUCUGUUCUGUACACCCGGCUUUGUUCGUAUUUAUCUCCGUAUAAAUACUUUUUGCGAGUAUAGUCAAGUCUAUGGGUCCGAAGAACCCAAUACGGUGGACGUCUGCAUCGGGUUCUGGUAUGUUCCUGGUCGCCUGUUUCGCCGAAUGGCCGCAUCAUAUAAGUAAGAGGAGGAAUCGGAAUAAGAUUAUCUACCUACACAGUCAAACCAUAUCUACCACACACCCUUGACUACUGUUAUCCACUAUUAUAUAUGCAUAUGGAAAGCUCACCCAAUUGUGCUCGUAUGUUUCCGAACAGAUGCGCCUGUUGUCUGAUCUCUUUUUAUAUGUGUAUUUAGGUGAGAUGGUAACGUAACGUCUAUAUGGGUGUGAGACAUGCUGUGUGGGUAGAUGUUGGAUUCUUAACUUAUACUGGUCGCCUGCCGGACUAAGUAGUGGGUGUAGGAAGGGGACAUAGUAGUAUGCCUCUAUGCAAUGAGUUGUAGUCAAGGAGCUGCAACCACUUGAAGGCUGUCAGUAGCUACAUAGCAACCCACGCUCCCCACACUUAACAACAUCGACACACUAUCAAUUUGCCAUUAGAAAACCACAAAAUAAAAAAUAUAUAGAACCAC